UUAGAUACGGAGACGAUAAGGUGGAUACAUUGAAAUAAAGACUUUUACAGCUCUCUCAAGCUCUAUAAAUAUUGCCUAAUGAAAUCCCAUCAUCACCCUAACAGUGCCAAGAGCAAAAAUACCAUGGCCGUUGUAAUGGAAGGAAAUUGGACCAAGUCGGUUAUCUGUAUGCUCCUGGUUUUGGCAUCUGGAUCGCCAUUGUGGAGGUUGCCUGGAGCUGAAGCAAGAGGACCCUUUUGCUGUCCGCGCAUGGUAGACUGCAACAAAGUCUGCCAAGGGUUUCCCAACCGCUGCGUUGAUUGCAAGUGCAUAUGCGGUGAAGGUGAUACUCAUAGUCAUAGUCAUAGUCACACUCCGCCGUUGCCAAUGGCCUCUGCCGAAUUGAUAAACUAAUGAUCACUUCGGCGCAGAUGUAUGGGAAAACUAAGGACGUAAUCGGGAAUGUCCUUCUUUUUCACUGUUGGAUUGCUAUUGGCCCUAGUUCCUAUUGUAGAAUUAGAUUUCUCCAUAUCUAAAUAAAAUGGUUCUUUUAUUCUGCUUUGGGUUGCUUUAAUUUUUAGAUUGCUUUUGUUAAGAUAUGACAAAUCAUUCUCACCAGCUCUUUUGAGUGAGUUUGAAGUGUUUAUUAAUGGAUCCAUCACUU